GCAUUUGACGUUUUUCAUUUAAAUUUGAUGGAUGACACUGUGCCCUGACACCCUUUUAAUUUUUUUUGUGCGAUGGCAGAAAACCUGAAAAGACGGCCCAAGAAAAGUAUUUUAAAAAAUUCUAGUAGUUUUGACAAACAAGAACAACAACAAAAUGCAAAAAAACAGAAAGAAACGAAAUGGGAUGAAAUGAAUAUAAUAGCGACUCUUCAUCCUGCCGAUAAAGAUUAUGGUCAUAUGAAAAUACAAGAACCUAAAACGCCGUAUAAUUAUAUGGAAGAAGAUACUAUUGAAGAACUAGAUGCGAGUGAAUUAGCAGAAAGGAUAAGAAUAGCAAGACAACAAACUCCUAAGGUAUUACAACCUGACGAAUCCGACGACGAUUCGGAAGAGGAAUUGACGGAAGAACAAAAAAAGAAAAAGAAGGAAUUCGAAUUAAAAAGGAAAAAACAUUAUAACGAAUUUCACGCGUUACAAUUGGCGAAAAAACUUUUAGAAGAAGACGAAGAUGAUGACGACGAUCCACAGGAACAAGGUACCAGCAGUAAAGCAGCUACUGGAUCUAAUCCAGCUAGUAAGAAAAAGUAAUACUGUAUAUUAAUUGGAUUUUAGUAAUAAGUAUCCCAUGUGUUGUGAUCAUCAAACUGAUAUAAAAAAAAAUAGUUAAAUCUGUGAAAAGGAAUCUGUAGACCAUUGUUUUACUAAUAAGUUCUCCAAACUAAGUUUAAAACAGCUAAAUGUUUCUGUAAAGGUGUGAAAAUAAAAAAAAAUUCUAUUCUCUAGCUGGUGAUACUACAAAUCAAAGCUCACGUUUCAAUUGAUAAAAAAUUAUAAUUAAUGGUAUGAUAAAGUAAAUUAAUGGUCUAUAAAUCUACUUAAAACUAAACGUAUAUAUAUACAUUAUUUAUUUAAACAAUAAAAGUAGCUCGUAGGGAUUGCCUUAUGUGUAUUUUAGACCUUCAUCAUGAAUUAUCCGGAACUUCCAGUCCAAUAUAUUUUUUUCUAGUAAAACAUUCUGCAAAUUCAUAUCCAAGAGUCCAAUUUAUUAUGCUCUUAGGUAACUUUUAGUCUCGAUUUUUAAUGAUCUGACUGAAUUUAAACUAAAAUUUAUUAACUUAACUGAUUUAAACUAAAUUUUUCCACCUAAAACAAUUCCAGAGGGAUAACUUUCUUGGUGGAAAGCUUCCUUAACUAUUAAAAUAUAGAUUGGGCUGUAAGGAAUUGAAAUUACUAGAUGUAAAAACAGCUUAAAUAGGGACAUAGGGCCCAUUAGUAGUUAAGGAGGAUUCUUGCCAAUAAGGUUUUCGCUGGAAUUAAUUUUGGUGGAAAAAUUUAGUAUAAGUCAAGUUAAUAAAUUUUAGUUUAUCUUCAGUCUCUGAGGAUGAUAACUUGAUUAGAGAAACUCGCGUCAGACAGCGUAAUUGUAGUGUAGUGGUAGUGUAAACAGUGUGCUCAGCUGAAUCUCUAUUAAAAAUUGGAAAAUGUUGACUCGAUAGGUUUUCUCCACAGUGUAUAGAGUCAAAAAAUUGGUUAUUGUUUGUACAAUUUGUAAUAAAUCUUAUAAAUUGUCUACAAAUUAAGGAUUUUUGAAAUAAUUCGAUGUGGGGAUAUAAAAACAAUCAAUAUAAUACCAAACAACAACAUGUACUGGAUUCAUAUUCUUAAAUAACACAAAAAUCAAUUUUUUUAGUUUGUUGUUAAAAAAAUUGAUCUCAGCAGGUUGUUACCUCGAUUAUAAAGCUAACACGUUGACUCUCAAGACGAUUUGUAGGAUUUUUAUGAAAUGGAAUUAUAUAAUUAAAAAUUCUAAUUUAAAUAAAUAGUUGACAACAGAAAACACUAAAUCCUAUUUUUUUUUUUUUUUUAAUUUAGUUGACAACAAAAAUUUUGUAUUUGACGGUCUACGUGUUGAAUAAAAUUUUGGUUUUGGGGCUAACUUAGUAUAAAUAUAUACUAGAAAUAUGUUGGGCUGUGGAAAUAAUUUACAGAACUUUAUUUUUGAUGACAAGUAUUAUUUAUUAUAAAGAUUAUUGUGUAUAUUUUGAUAAUAAUAAUAAAUAUCAAAGGAUAUAUUAUCUAAAUCAGAUUUAUUCUAAUAUACAACAGAGGUCUAUUAAAAAUUAAUGUUUUCCAAGUGUAUGUACUGGUAAUAGUUAUAAAAAUCACAAUUUUUUCAAAUAAGUUUACACACCGAUAAAAUCGUGUAUCUGCGUUUUUUCAUUAAAAACUCAUAUUUUUUAUAGAUAUUUACAAUUAUCACAUGUUAUACUGUUUUCUACAUUUAUUUUUGAUAGUUGUAGGCUAAUCCUCCGUUUAGAUCUAUAGACCGGUUCCUUUUUGUCCUCUUCUUGUUUGUAAUUUUUGUUUUUGACAUUUCCAUCAUUAUACAGAGAUUCUUAUGUAUUUUAAAGACUUCCUAACCUUUUGCGGGGGCAGAACAAUCUACAUUUGGUAGAUUUCUCAUGAUUUACUUAGCCUAGGGCUUAAUCUUCUAUUUCCUUCAUUUAUCUUGUUAUAUUUUGCUCUACCAAUCUUCAUUGGUUCCUUUUAUGUAUUAGUCUACAGUUACACCAACACUCACAAUUACACUAUCUGGUCCUUCGAGCCUUCCAUAAGUCAUUGGUUAAUAUCUGGCUUGAAGGACCAGAUUUUGUAGUGGUAUUUAUUUUUGUAGGGGCAGUAAGCAGGGUGUGUAAAUAAAGAUAAUUGGUAAAGAAAGUGUGAAUUGUAAACUUCUGUAUGUAUAUAUAUUGAGACGUAAAUAUGGUGUUCAUAAAAUAGUACGUGCAGCAUGAGGUUAUGUAUUUUUUUAUAUAAGUUGCUCAUGGACGACGAUGUGCUUCCAUUCAGAAAAUAUCUGUGCCAUGCUAAAUUAAACGGGAAUUUUUUGACACUGGCGAUCCUACUGACAUUAUUUUACAGUACAUUGGCUGUGUUGAAAAUAAUAUAGUAUCUAGGCAUUUUUUCGUAAAAUCUAAAUGUAUUUAUAUAAAAUUAAUUUCAUGCGAGAAACGGAAGAAGCAGAAAGAAUUAUAUAACGAGGAAACCGCACUUUUUCAAAAUACAGGGUUGUCAAAUCAUACGAUUUUAUGACAAUAAUUAUCCUGCAGAUAGAUUCCACGUAUUUCCUUCAUUUUAUCAUCCACAAUCAUUUUUUUACGAUAACCCUGUAUAUACACUUUGUCAAUUGUUCAAAUCUUUGAAUAAUUGUGGUUAUUUUUUGUCAUAUAUUUUUCUAAAUACUGAAAAAAUAAUUAUCAGACUUUGAUCGUAAUUAAAGUUUUCUCAAUUUAUUUUUUGACUAAUAUAUAUUAAUUAUUAGUCCACUUUAUUAUUACCUGUUUGUUUUUUUGUAAUGACACAAUAUACAUUGACUAAAAAUACUAUAAAAAUAUAAUUCAGAUAAUUUUACUGCAAGAUAUUGUUUUUUUUUUUGGAAAAAAGCGGUUUUCAUCAAUGGCACUGCUGCAAAAAAAUAAAUAAAAACACAUAGUUGCUUUUUGUUCGUUAAAUAUUAGUAACAAAAUGCUUGAGUAAAAUAAUGAGUACUGA